AUGCUCCACCAGAUCAUAGGUCAGGCCGAGAAGCAUCCUAGCUUAAUCCCCCCUCUUUGUAUGUCUCGUGCAGCAUUGUAUGUCACCUGCUUGGCAUUGUUCAAUCCAGAUGUCAGUUGGGACAGGAAGACUAACCCAGAACCCUGGAAGAAACCGGGUCCCCAUGAUCCAUACAAGUUCUUUGCAAGGAAGGUAGAUUACAGCAAACUGAAGAAAGAAGGCCCUGACUUCGAAAGGAAAUGUUUCACUAUAAAGCUGCUUAGAAUGAAGGUCUUCCUGAAGCCAUCUGCACAGUUUUCCACUUAG